CCAGUCCCUUCGAUCCACCUACGUCUCAACCAUGUUGUCAGUUUUCAAGUCCGUCUUCAAGUUCGUUGGCAAGGCUGCCGUCUAUGGCAUCGUAGCCAUCGGAGUUUGGGAGGCCUUGCUCGGAUGCCCUUCAGCAAAGAUGAUGAACAAACUCCUUCGUGACAAAGAUGCGUGGGACCCAAGGCAAGCAGAACAAGAUGGCGUUUGUCAACACGUGCAAAUAUGGUUCAUGAGCUGGUGGCAUUGCGCCAUUCGAUCCCCUGCGAAGUACAUCGCGAAGAGAGUCAAGGUUGUGGCAACUAAGGCCAAGCGAUCCUACAUCCGGGGCUGGAUGGCUAGAAACCAAAACAACAACACCAACGCCAGCACCCCCCGCGGCGAGGAGCGGGUAUCCCGUUUCCAUGAAGAGUUGGACGGAGCAAUCCAUGACCUCACCACCGAGGCCAACCGCGCCUGUAUCAACCAAUCUCAGGAAGAUGAUGAUGAUGGGGAUUGGUAUUGGUGA